ACUGGGGGGGCUGUAUGGGGCAGAAUCCUAGAAAUGUAGGACCUGAAAGGUCCUUAAUAAGUCAUCUAGUUCAGGCCCCUGCACUAGGAUAGGACUAAGUAUUAUGUGGACCAUCCCUGACAAGUGUUUGUUUAACCUGUUCUUGAAAUCCUCUAACCUCCUUAGCCAUAUCAUUUAUGAAGAUAUUGAAUAGAACAGGACCUAGGACAGAUCCCUGUGAGACCACACUUGAUAUGCCCUUCCAGCCUGCUUGUGAACUAUUGAUAACUAUUUUCCAACCAGUUUUGCACCCACCUCAGACGUGAGAAAUGUCUUCUGAUGAUCGCUGGUCUGCAGAGGAAGAGGACAGUCAAGUCUCUAAACUGACACGGAAAGCUAGAGACUCUCCAUUUGUUCCUGUAGGGAUGGCAGGCUUUGUUGCUGUCGUGGGCUAUGGUCUCUACAAGCUAAAACACAGAGGAGAUCAGAAAAUGUCAGUCCAUCUCAUUCACAUGAGAGUUGCAGCACAAGGCUUUGUCGUAGGAGCAAUAACAAUAGGUGUUCUCUUCUCUAUGUAUAAGGAUUACGUUAAACCUCAGUUCAAGAAUGGGACCAAAAAGUGAACCAACUCCAUAGGAGCAAGCAGGAGAGGAAAGCAUAUGUUCAGUAUUAUUUAGAAUUUCUAUAUGUAAACAUUGUAAGAAUUUUAAGUAAUAAUCACCAGGACUUCUGUUAGCUCUGCCAUUGAACGGCUGCUCUACGCUAAAGCCAACUGUUGGGAUCAAUACCUAAACUCACAAUAUCCAUGUCUAUGAUGCUAGAGGCAAUAGACUCAUCAUGACUGACAGCACAGUCAGUACCAAUGUUUCAGCAGUCCCUGCCAGCUAGAGUACUGUGCAAGGAGGAGAAUUGUUAUCUGGGGCAGAGGCAGCCAUCUCCCUACAUCAAGCUCAGAAUGCUGCAGUACAUCCCGUGCAUCCUAGUUAGGAAAGAGGGCUACAGUAUGGAAAGAGAGCAUUGCAAGAUUGUUCUUUGGGGUUAGCAGUAGACAGUUAACAGAAGACCUGAGUAGCCCAAUGUCUUGUACCAUUGCUGGUUGUCUAAAUGUUUUGUGCUAAUAUAUUUAAUAGGCUGCUGUUUAUGCUUUUAAUUUUUAAAUAAUUUUAUUUAUUAAAUCUGUAUAUAUAGAGGAGUAACCCACUUCGUUACAAUAAAACAGUCAUGUUUCAACUUGCUGAAGCCAAUAGUUAUAGCUACAAUAACUAGAUUUUGAACAGGUGCUCACUAUGAAAUACUGGGUUCACUGCUCUUUGGCCUGUUGCAUAUUUCACGUCAUUGCUAUUGAGACCUUCACCUGCCGGACAUAUCUGGUUUAACAAAGAUGCUCUCUAAACCACAGCAGUGAUUAACGUGAUGCAAGUAAUGAGAUUACAACAAGAGCCUCUUCCUUUCAACUAAAGCAAUAGUGUUUGCAAACAAAAACUCUGGCAGCUAUUUAAGAACUCCCCAGAGAUAACACACAUG